AUGAUUGGUCUGCUAGGCACACUCAUGCAAGUCAAAGAUUUAGAAUCGCUCAAAAUUGCCCAAUUCAGCUUCCUAACCUCGUUGCUAGUCCUCCCUCGCACGCAUGGCCAGACGAGGCUGGACUCCUGGAGCCGCUGCCGUCGAGGAGCCAUGGAGGGGCUCUACACCUUCCUCUCCUCGCCCUUCCCUCCUACACUCUAUGCCAAACAGUCAUCAUCGGGCAUCUUGGUGAAAUUGUGA